UCGGGAAAUGUCAAAGAGAGGCCCGUGCUGCAGCAGGGGGCGUAAAGGGGAAAAAACAACAACAGUUUAUUGCUUUAAUUUCACGUAAUUGAUUUUCCUUUCUUAUUAAGCAAGUGUCAUAUCCAAUAGCAUCAGAAACCGAAUCCUAGCUGACCAACUCUCGCAGCCGCCGUUGACAACAAUUUGCAGCCUUGAUCGUUCCCGAUUCGUAUAGCCAGCCUAACAAUCCUUGCCAAACAUGAGGGAGAAAAUACUGCUCCUGUUGAAGAUUUCCAUCAAACCUACUAGCUCUCUCUCAACCAUGACACCCAGCAGAGGACUCUGGGAUUGAUGCUGGGAUCACUCCCACUGAUGGCCUGGACUGGGUUUCAGCUGUCCUGCUGAAGCUAUGGGGAGCUGUUGGAGCUGUCUAUACAGAGACCCCAUCCAAGACAACCAUCUCACCAAAUUCAAGGUAACCAAUGUGGAUGACGAGGGGAAUGAGUUGGGCUCUGGGACCAUGGAGCUCACCGAGACAGAGCUCAUCCUGCACACGCGCAAGAGGGAUGCCAUCCGGUGGCCCUACCUGUGUCUGCGGCGCUACGGCUACGACUCCAACCUCUUCUCAUUCGAGAGUGGCCGGCGCUGCCAGACUGGACAGGGAAUUUUUGCGUUUAAAUGUACUCGUGCGGAGGAGAUCUUUAACCUCCUCCAGGAGCUGAUGCAGUGCAACAGUAUCAAUGUGGUGGAGGAGCCUAUGAUCAUGACCGGCAGCGGACACGCACGAGAGAUAGACAUGCCUCGCACCCCACAGACACCCAACACUCCAGCAUUCCCUGUCCAGGGUUUUCCCAACGGGUACCCGGGGUAUCCCAUGAGAGCUGAAUCCUCCCAGCCCUCUCUAACUGACGACCCCCACGGCCACAGCCACAUGGGCCUGGAGGACCAGGCUCACACCUAUGUGAAUACCGUUACUGUGGAUGGGGAACUCUCCAGUCGACACUGUGUACACUCCCUACCCGAGGUGCGGCCCACUUCCUUCCCCGAGUCAACCCGGGGAGCCAUGCCUGUCGUGGUCCCAGGGGGUGGGCAGACCAGCAUGCACUGUUGUCCCCUCGAGGAACAACGCAAGGAACCCCAGGUAUUCCUUCAGCCUUCCUCUCAGGAGGUCAAAUUCAUGCUGGGACCCACCCCUGCACAGCGCCACCUGCUGGAGAGAGAGAGAGAGAGGCACGGGGGCCACAAUCCACACGCCAUGCGGCCUGUAGAGGGCGCCACAGGUUCAGAGACAGAGGGGGACGAGCCUCCUCUGCACGUGUACAACUCCCACUCCUAUCACCACCCUCACUACCACCACGUGAUGCACCGGCACCCUGGCCACGAACACCAGGAGGGCUGCCAGCUCACCUACGAGAAUAUCAACGGCCUGAGGGGGGGCCGCAGGCUGAGACUUAGCCCCAGCAGCAUGUCCCAGUCUGUGGGCUCCAGCAGCAGCAGCAGCACCACCGGAGACAGUCACUCUCACCCACAAUCACAUCCCCUCAACCCGCACGCCCAUGGCCCAUCUUCUCUGCCCCCCCAGGGGUACCCCUGUGAGCGGGGCGCGGGGAUGGGCGGUGGUCACCGGCGGACAGCUCUGCUCAACUACGAGAACCUGCCGUCACUGCCCCCGGUAUGGGAGUACCGUGCCCUGCAGAGAGACGAGGAGCAGGACGAGGAUGACGAGGAGCAGGAUGAGGAGGAGUACGAGGAAGAGGAGGAGGACUUUGACGAGUACGAGUUUUCGGAGGGUCCGGGGACGCCCAACGGGUACCACCAGGAAGGGCUGGGGAGGGGGGGGAUCCACCGUGACGCCCUGCAGAACUAUGUCAACACAGAGCAGGUUCAGGUCCAGCCCAGCCGGCUGCGACAUGCCUGCCCCCCUCAACCCCAGCACCUCCAGCCCUGCCACCGCCAGCCGGACCGUGGCGGCCGAAUAUUCAGCUUUGAUUUCCGUAGGCGGCCUGGAGGAGGGUUUGGUCGGGGGGAGGGCUGCGAGCACGGUCACAUGCCCCCGUCGAGGCAGCUCAACUAUAUCCAGGUGGACCUCGAUGCGGAGCCGCCGUGCCAGACCCUCGGGGGGGGGGUGGAGGAGGGGGAGCCCAGUCUCAGCCCCAGCCACAGCACCAGCGCCUACCACCCCUCAAAUGUGGCCCCCAGCAGGCCCCAAGGCGCAGUGAGUUCUACGCUGUGAUUGACCUGAAGAAGACAGCAGCCAUGUCCAACCUGCAGAAAGCCCUCCCCCGGGACGAUGGGACAUCGAGAAAGACUCGCCACAACAGCACAGACCUGCCUCUGUAGAUGCAGUGAGGAGGAGGAGAGACGGGGAAAGAUGAAGGGUGGGAGUAGAGAGAGAGAGAGAGAGACAGGUUUGGGUGGAGCGCUUGGCUGGACAGACAGGUAUAGGCAACUCAGCAGCACACUGGACCCCUCACUCUCAUCCAGCCACCUGCCUGUUCUGUCCUGUCCUGUCUUGGCCAGCUGGAUCAUAUACAGGUACCUAAUUAGAAAAUGAACUAAAACUUAUCUGUGCAUAUUCCACUUUAUGGAGCAAGAUUGGUUUGAAGUUGCCAUAUUAUUGUGGGUCACCUUCUGACUGUGGUGAGAUGCUAUCUGAGUUAGCAGCAGAAACCUUGGUCGUGGUUGGCUGGGUUUAUGGUUAAACCCUUAAGCUACCAUUGUUUUUGGUUAUACCUUUUGGCAAUGUUCUUUUUUUCUUAAAGCUUUGUGGUGGUUGCGUUGAGUGCCAAGUUUGGUUCAGGGUGGGAGCAGGAAUGGACGAGUCAGGUCUCCAACUUUGUGUUUGACCAGUGAUGGUUGAUUUUUAGAUGUAAGAGUAUUGCCCAUCAUAAAGUAGCUACGUUCCUCAUUCCGUUAUCAUUCAGUGUUGUUGGAUUUAUUUUACGUCCCCGUUUACGAACAUGGGCUCCUAUUGAGUUCAGGGUUAGUUCAGUUUGUUAUUCCCUCAAUUAAAUUAUAAUAAUGUGCAUUCUUCACCUCACAAGCACUUUUUUGACCCCGUGACUGAUAGAAAGGACAGUUGAUGAUAUUUAUUUAUAACUAUCUGCCCUCAGGAAUUAGUACAGAUCAGUACAGUUUGCACAUUAUCCUUUGGAAUUGUAAUGUUACAUCCUAUCCAGUAUUAUAUUUUUAGUCCCCCCAAAAAAAGACCCCAAAGCAGAAAAAAAUGUUGAAUAGAUUUUCUCUCUUAAUCCAAUAUUAAAUAUCAUACAUUUUUCAUGUUGAAAUGAAAUCUAAAAUGGAAAUAAUAGUAACCUUGAUAGCAUGAAACAGGUCAGUGUGUUGAUAGAUUUCCAACAUCCGCGCACACACACACACACACACACACACACACACACACACACACACACACACACACACACACACACACACACACACACACACACACACACACACACACACACACACACACACACACACACACACACACACACACACACACACACACACACGACAUAACUAUUGAGACGAUUGAAUUCAUCUCUGACUGCAUAUCAUUCCACUUGAAUAGGAAUCCAUAUCUAAUUCCUAAACUAUGGUUACCUUUGCACUUUUUACCUUUGAAGUCCCCACAGUUCCGAAUCCCUCAUCUGGAGCAACAGAAAGGUUGUGAUCUGACAAACUCCUUUGAGAUGGUGAUGUCAUCACACAGACCCCAAUAUUGUAUGGAUGUAGUUGUUUUUCUGUUUUUUUUUUACAUUAUAGAGACCUAUAGCAACUUACAUUUAUUUUUUUUAGAGAAGAAGUUGAUAACCUGUGAUAAUGGCUUAAAGAUAUUAAUAAUAACCUCAUAUAAAAAUGACCGGUUGACUAUUUUAGUAUGUAUCAGAUUGAUAACUGAGGGUUGUCAACUGAGGGUCUGUUUUAAAGGGGAAUAUAUCAGUAUGUUUAAUGUUAACUGUUUAUGGAAAGCAUUAUAUCAUUGAGCGUUUGGCUGAGGAUAUUUAUUUAUUUAUUCAUUGAGAUGUCUAUAUGGUGAUUGUUUUGCAUAAAAAUGUGACAAAACAGUUUUUCGUAAUCUAGCCAGUUGGUGAUUUGGAGACCAAAGUAUCACCAGUCAUCGUCACACUGUCUGGGACACCAUUGUAAUACCAUUGUUAUGCCUGUAAUUAAUAACCUUACAUUCUGAAGAAGAAAGACUGUAUUAAUAUAUUAAAGUGCCAAAUCUUUACUGUUACCUGUAUGAACGUAAUGAAUCAAAUCAAUGUGCCAUUAGGAUGUGUAAUAGAAAACCUGAGGGCUAGGAGGCAAGGAGUUAGCCUACAUGUCGAAAAACAAAGGGAAGAGCUUGGAGGUCUAUGGCCGUAUGUAUCAAGAGUGGGAGUGCUGAUCUCGGAUCAGGUCUCCCCUGUCCAUGUGAUCGUAUUCAUUAUGAUCGAAAAAGGCAAGAACAUUCCCACUCUGAGACUCUUGAUACAUACUGAACAGGGUCAGGGUUUAUAUAGUGUUAACCCUUUGUACUCCUCCUCAUGAAUCUGUCUAGCUGAUCCAGGUCAACUGGACAAGGAAGGGCAAGAAAGACACAUUUCACCUCAUAGGCUAGGCUAUACAUUGACAGCCAUAUCGGAGUGAGACAACGGAUUCGUUAUAUCUAUCUAGUCUUCACAACUCCAGUGGUUUUAUGCUGCUAUAAGGUAGAAGUUCAGACAGUAAGAGGAGGUAGGGGAUGGUAGUGGCUAUGCAGGAUUGUUUACCAUAUUGUUUAGUAAAUGGAACUACCAUUUUUCGUAUUCACUCAAGAUCACUGCAUCAGGGCUACCAGUAUGAAAAUGUGUUUUAAGUUUUCAUUUCUCAUUUCUAUUUCUUAUUUCGCUUGGAUUGGUGUGAUCAAUCCACAUACCAAAACCUUGUUUUCAUUACAAUCUGGCUGUCUAAUCUGAAGUAAUGUGGCUGAAGGUGCAGCACAGGCCUAGCAACUGUAAUCCUCAUAACUGCUUAUUUAAUCUGAUGGAAAGACAUACGUAGGUCUACUCACUGUUUGUGGACAUUUUUCAGACAGGGAUAUAUCCGUUUGCACACAUAUAUUUUCGUGAUACAUUUAAAGGGUGUUUACAUUUCGCAAUAAUGGUUUAAUAGAGAUGUAUUGUUGGAGAUGAGGUUUAUUCAGACCAAUGUGUGUGAGGUUCGAGGUGCGUUGUUAAUGGUUCCACAGGCCUGUUGUAUUUGAUCCCCUGUUUUUAUGUGAAUCAGCAUUGGAACUAAGACCUCUCUCAGGCCCCCUGUUGACAAUAUUAUAACUUUGUUAUUGUAUACAUGCUUAGAUUAGAACGUGGGGAAAAAAAUGUAUGUUUCUGUUUUCUUGAUUGUCUUAUAACAGCAAAUUUGCGCUUACUCAACACCUGACUUAAUUGUGCCAUAAGUGACUGUUGCCAAGCUUUCUGGACAGCGUGUGGCUUUCGAAUGUUGAAGCCUUUUAAAGGGCCAGGUUAGGUGUCAGAAGGCGUACGGCAAACAUCUCUGUGUACUGUGUUUGCACUGAUACAGUGGUUCCGACUGUUUCUAAUGGUUUGACAGUCUGUAUAUUCAUUAGUCCGUCAUUGUUAUCAAUUUGGUGACACUUAAUUGUAAAGGUACACAGGAAUAGUACCUUAAAAUGUGUUCCUUAUACUAAAGUGUUACCAGAAAUAUUGUCCAGAAAGGACUUUUUGGGAACCGUAUCUUGUCAUAUCAAUGUUGUCAUUUUGAUUUUCCUUGAAAAGCGAGAAAAUAUUAACAAUGAAGGAGUGUCCGGUAACACAUGACUUAUGUUUAAAUAAUAAACCACUUAAUUGAGGCCUAAUGUAUAGCUAAUAAGACACAAUAAAGGCCUUAUGAGCUACGUAUAUACACACUUAUAAACUACAAAUUAGUGACUAAUAUGUGUAUCUUAAAAUAAAGUUUGACCAGAAUUUAAUUCAAACAAACAGUUUUUUACUCUUUUAUGUAACUUCAUCACAACUGCCUGACCACCACAAGGUGGCGUUGCUUGCUACAAUGCUCGGGAUGAUGAGAAAAUAAGUAAUUUUCCUUCCACAGCCCCUCAAAAUGCCACUCUAGGUCCAAAAUGCACUUAGUUCCAUAAAUAUUACCAAGGUACAAACAAAGUAGCUCAAAAUCUAAGGAAUGUUACAGUGAUUUGGUACUGUUUUUCAAAAUGUUUUUGUUUGUCCAUUUGUUUAUUCAUUUACCAUUGAAUGCAUGUGUAAUAUCCACUGGUGGGUGACGAUGAUGCAGACAGGGGUCCAUUAUUUUCAUUCAAUCACAUGCUGAGCUAACGCUCUUCUAGUCCAAUAAGACCAGAGCAAUUGAAACCUGUUGAACCUGUAUGCUAAUGGUGAUAAUAAUAUGUGUUGAUUCGUUGAUAUAAAGGUUGGGUAGGCCAAAGUAAAUGACUGUGAUGUACACUAAUAUUUGACUGAGUGCCAAAUGUGGUUUAGUACUAUGACUUUGACGACAGGCCAGGGACACACCUGGCUGAGAUCCACUAGGAACUCUAUAGGACUCUCCCUGAGAGAUGCCAAUGACUCUCUCACCCUCUGGUCUUGGUUUAACCUGCGGUAUGAAUGUAAUAAGCAAAGAGAGACUAUAUAGACGAAGGGCAACUAUGCUUAAUGUUUCUAUCCUUGCUGGGGGAAAAAAGGUGAGUGGUCAGAAGUUUUGUCUAAAUUUAAACAUUUGCAAUCUGAGUUUCUUCUACGUAUAUUUGUAUUUCUUGUAAGUAUGUAUCUCUCUGUAUGUAUGUAUGUAUGUAUGUAUGUAUGUAUGUAUG